UGCACCCGCAGCCUGAGUCGUUUCUCCUCAACUCUGUCCCUGUCGAGGAAAUCCUCUUCUGUUGUUUUGUUUUUUUUUAACAGUCCGGUUUUCAUGGACGCACCUCUUCUUUUGUAGUCCUUUUUGGUGCGAAUUAUUCGGUGUAUCAACAUGCAGUUUCGCACAGUUCUUGAUGUAAAUGUCGUGGACGUGCAGAAGAGAAGAAAUCCCUCCAAACACUAUGUGUACCUUAUCAACGUCACUUACUCAGACACCACCUCCCACGUCAUCUACAGGAGAUACAGCAAAUUCUUCGACCUGCAGAUGCGAAUCCUUGACAAAUUCCCAAUCGACGGAGGGCAGAAGGACCCGAAAAAGAGGAUUAUCCCUUUCUUGCCAGGUAAAGUCUUGUUUCGCCGCAGUCACAUCAGAGACGUGGCCGUCAGACGGCUGAAGCAUCUGGAUAAUUACUGCAAAGCGCUGAUGAAGCUUCCCUCCCAUAUUUCUCAGAGUGAGGAGGUCCUCAAGUUCUUUGAGACAAACACGGAGGACCUCAACCCUCCCAUAGAAGACUGUGGCGGCUCUGGCAAACGUAAGUCAGGUCUGGAUGCUUCGGACCCCAUGCUCCUGGAACAGUAUGUGGUGGUGGCCAACUACGAGAAACAAGAGCCUGCAGAAAUCAGCCUUCAAGCGGGCGAGGUGGUGGACGUCAUUGAAAAGAGUGAAAGCGGCUGGUGGUUCGUCAGCACCUCAGAGGAGCAGGGGUGGGUCCCCGCUACUUACCUCAACUCCAACAGUGGCACGAGGGACGACUCGGAGGUGGGCGCCUCCAAAGCCGGAGAAGUUACUAAGCGCCAAAAGGCUCAUCUGAAGAGGCUGGACCGGAGAUGGACGUUGGGGGGCGUCAUCAGCCGCCAGCAGAGCCGAGAGGAGAAGUACGUAACGGUGCAGCCUUAUACGAGCCAGGGCAAAGAUGAAAUUGCUUUUGAGAAAGGCGUCAUUGUGGAGGUCAUUCAGAAGAACCUGGAGGGCUGGUGGUUUAUCAGGUACCAGGAUAAGGAGGGUUGGGCUCCAGCCUCGUACCUCAAGAAGGUGAAGGAUGACCUCUCUCCCCGGAAGAAGAACGUCACUGGCCCGGUGGAGAUCAUCGGCAACAUCAUGGAGAUCAGCAACUUGCUCAACAAGAAGGCUUUGAGUGAGAAGGACAUGCAGACCGACGGAGUCCCGGAGAGUCCACAGGUCUCCAGAAAGGAGAUCAGCUUGCCAUUUCCCUGCAAUGAGUCCAGUCCCGUUCAAGCCCCUCAGGAUGGGAAAAGCAAAGCAGAGCCCGCUUCGCCAGCUGUAGCCCGGAUUGCUCCUCAUCGAGUCGAAAUUGGUUCCCCCGUGCUCAGGCAAAAACCUCCUCCUCGAAGAGACGCCACCUUGGGAUUUCAGCUACCUUCCCCACCAGAGCCCCCUACAGUUGAAGCGGAGUAUUACACCAUUGCAGAGUUUCAGUCAUGUAUAUCUGAUGGCAUCAGUUUCAACGGAGGACAGAAAGCAGAGGUCCUUGAGAAGAACUCUGGGGGUUGGUGGUAUGUCCAGAUUGGGGAGAAGGAGGGCUGGGCUCCCUGCUCCUACAUUGAUAAACGUAAGAAGCCCAACCUCAAUCGCAGGACAAGCACUCUCUGCCGCCCAAAAGUUCCACCUCCAGCUCCCCCUGUGAAAAAGCAAGACUCGGUUGAGACUGCACCGCCAAGUAGCCCUGGGUCUGAGGCUCCUGAAUCUCCCGUCUCCGCCGGGAGGCCAGUUUACGAAGAGCCAGAGUAUGACGUCCCUGCCAUCGGAGAUCUGGACUUGGAGUCUGAAUUUGAGUUUCUGAGAGGAGAGGGUUCUCUGGUGGAUGUAAAGCAUGAGGACACUUCUUCUGAGAAGGGAUCCCAUCUGUCCUCCAAGCCUUCCCCAGCUUCAUCGCUCCACAGCGCCUCCUUCAAGAUGGGCGAGUCAUUUGAAGAUGGCCACGAGGCGGAAGGGGAGGCCGAAGGAGAAGAAUGUAUUUACGAGAAUGACGGCUUCCAGCUCUUCAGGGAGACUCCGGACAGGCAGUGCAGCCGGGACUCAAAUUCCUCCAAGACAAGUGUUUUGUCCGAAACAGGCAAGACUGCAAACCCAGCACCAGGCGGAUGGAAACCUGCAGGGAACAAGCUCAAGAUCGACUUGAACGGAAGCUCACUUUUAACCAAACCCGAGGAGUCUUCUAGUCCUAAAUCUGCAUCCAGUGAGUCCACCCCAGACUUGUCCAGACCAAAGAAAGACGAAGAAGAAAACAAGUCAUCCUCUUCCAUCAAGUCCUCCUCAAAGCUCAGGCCAGUGGUGAGGCCCAAACCGCAGCUUACAAAGGCAUCCAGUGCGGAGAAAAUGGACAUCAGCACUUUGAGGAGACAGCUGCGGCCCACAGGGCAGCUGAAGAACGGCACCAAAACCAAAGGGGAGGACUCAGAGACAGCAUCAGUGAUUUCUUCUGAGGACUCCUUCUCUUCUCAGAGCACGUCCGACCUUUCCUCCAUUUACUCUAAAGGCAGCCGCGGCGACUCGGACGUGGAAGGCUGCAGCCUGUAUCGCACAACAGAUCCCUAUGAGAAAGUUCAGGAGUCUGAGCUCACCUUUCCCGCUGGGGUGGAGGUUGAGGUGCUGGAGAAGCAGGAGAGCGGCUGGUGGUACGUCCGUUGGGGAGAUGCAGAAGGAUGGGCUCCAACUUACUUCCUAGAGCCGGUCCGACAGCAAGACGACACGGCAGGGUCUGAAUCUGAUGGCACCCCAACCAAACCUGGAAGCCUUAGCAAGUCCAACAGCCUGGAGAAGAAUGAACAAAGGGUGCGGGCAUUGAACAACAUCAACCAAAACCUGAAGAAAGUCACUCCACCCAUCCCUUCCAAGCCACCGGGCGGCCUCUCCAAACCCAGCAGCUUGUUUGGCUCGCUAAAGCAGAACAGCACCAAACAGCAGCAGGUCGUCAGACCUCAGUCUGUCUUCAUAUCAGCUCCCGUCAGAGACGGCGCUAUUCCAGUGGGCUCCCUCAGGAGAAACGAGUCUCUCAACUCAACGGACCACCCACGCUCAAGCCCCACGGUGAGACGCAAUGCCUCCUUUGGCACCGUGCCGCGCAGCCUGGCGCCAAACAACAUAACACUACCCAAAAGGAACAGAUCCGGUACCGGUAGCUCCGAGUCCCUCGGACUCGGCUCGCAGAAGAACCUCCUCCCUGUGUCCACAGUGAAGCCCAAGCCCCACAUCAUCCAUAAUAACCUCAGAGAGGUGUACGUCUCCAUAGCAGAUUACCACGGUGAUGAGGAGACCAUGGGCUUUCCUGAGGGGACAAGUCUGGAGGUUCUUGAAAGGAACCCCAACGGCUGGUGGUACUGCAAAGUUCUGGACAAUGGUCGACCACGGAAAGGAUGGGUUCCCUCAAAUUACCUCGAGAAGAAGCACUAGCACUCGUGUGUAGAGCUGGCAGAACUCUGGACAGCGUGUAAAGACUACUCUUAAAAAGAAAAAAAAAAAAAAAAAAAAGACUUAUUUUGUGAGAAACCCCAAGAUUGAAAUCUUACCUGGUACCUUUGCCAAAAAAAAAAAAAAAAAAAAGCAGCCAGAUCAAAUUUUCACUUUGAAAUGAAACAACUCAUCUGGUAAAUUGAGU